GAAAAGGAAUUCCGAAAACGUGUUGGUGGUGCAACUUCAACACUGAAAUUGGAAAUUUUUGCUUUUACUUGCGACAGGUUUUGUCUUCCACAGUAAAAAUGCCUCCUAAAAAGAAGGCGGAAGGCGGUCCAAACAAAAAGACCGUGGAGAAGAAGAAGGAAAAGGUUAUCGAGGACAAGACUUUUGGACUCAAAAACAAGAAAGGUGGGAAGCAGCAGAAAUUCAUCAAGACUGUCACCCAACAGGUCAAAUUCGGGAAUAAUCCCAAAAAGGCAGCGACUGAGGAACCCGCCAACAAAAAGAAAGAGGAGAAGAAAAAGGAGCAGGAGCAGCUGAACAUGCUGUUUAAGCCUGUCGCGCAGACUGUCGGCAAAGGUGUUGAUCCUAAGUCUGUGUUAUGUGCGUUCUUCAAGCAAGGCCAGUGUAAAAAAGGAGAUAAGUGCAAGUUUUCCCAUGACAUGAACCUCGGCCGCAAGGGAGAGAAGCGUAGUGUGUACGCUGAUGCUGGUGAUGCAGAAGAUACAAUGGAUAACUGGGACACUGACAAGCUGGAAGAUGUUGUCAACCAGAAACAUGGAGAGACAAAUAAGGCAAAACCCAAAACAGCCAUUAUAUGCAAAUUUUUCCUGGACGCCGUUGAAAAUAGUAAAUACGGAUGGUUCUGGGAAUGUCCAAAUGGAGAGAAAUGUAUUUAUAAACAUUCAUUGCCACCAGGAUUUGUACUGAAGAAAGACCAGAAGAAGGAGAAUAAAGAAGAUGAGAUCUCAAUAGAGGAGCUUAUUGAGAAGGAGAGAGCGGCUUUAGGACCUAACACAACGCGGGUCACCCUGGAAACUUUUCUGAAAUGGAAGGAAAGGAAGAAAAAAGAGAAAUUAGCAAAUCUGAAGUCUGAAACAGACCGGAAAAAGGCCGAAUUUAAAGCUGGGAAAACACUUGGUAUUAGUGGCCGUGAGAUGUUCGAGUUCAACCCCGACUUGGUCGCCCAGGAUGAUGAAGGAGCUGACGGCGAGGCUCUCCAGUUUGAGGCUGGGGAAGAGGAGGAAGAGGAAGUGGAGGUUCAUGAUAUCAACUUGGAUGCUCUUGCCGCUCAGGCCCAGGAAGUGGACGGCACGGGGACCGUCUCAAAGUCAGAAGACAGGACGACAGCCACUAGUCAAUCCUCAGCUUCCAGUAAGCAGAAUGAUGAUGAGCACGGGAAAUUAGACCAGGCAGCUGCACUACCUCCUGCAGAUCCGCAUAUAGAAACUGACGCUGCCAUAGCUGCUGCCAUGUCUGCCACGCUCAACGGAGACUUUGUGGCCGACAUGCCCAUUGACGAGGAUUUAUUUGACGGCGAGGAUUUAGACCAGUUGGAAGAAGAUCUGGACACUCUGGAUUUAGAGCAGUGAUGAGUUGCUUCCCUUGGAUGUGUAUCACUUCUUUCUCCCUUGCCCCCAUGCCCCCCUGCCCCCCAACCCCUGUACCAGUGAUAGACCCUAUAAUGCUUCCACUUUACCCCCCCAAACUGUGCCAUCCGAGGAUCGUGGGAGUGGAUGAUGACAUCUUUUUCGAUGGAGAACUCGUCAGUGAUGAACCUUUUCGAAACAUUGUCAUGAAACAUUGUCAAUUUGUUACAAGUUUUAAAUGUUCUGUCCAGUGCAACGUUAUGCAAAGUGAUGUGCAAAAAUUCAAGGAUAUCAUCAGAAAGAAGAAUUCAAAUAACAUUCUGUUUUAUGUUAACUCUUGGUUAUUCUGGCAUCUUGACUUAUGCCUGAUAUUUUGUCUUUGUUUUGAUUAAGAGGAUACAGAAUUGAUGCUGAUUGGCUGACAGUGGAGAGUGGGUUUCUUGCAGUUAAGUCCACAGCCUUGGUCACGCUUGAAUGAAUCUGCAGCCUUGGUCAUGCUUGAAUGAAUCUGCAGCCUUGGUCAUGCUUAAAUGAAUCUGCAGCCUUGGUCACACGUGACUGAAACUACCAUACCUAAAAUUCACCUUAGCCUAGGCUUUAAUAGCCUGAGCCCAGUUGUUCAAAACUGGGCCGAGACUUAAUACCAGAUUUAUCUUUACGCCAAGUUUUCAAUAUCAAUUUUGUACUUAGCAAAAUUGUGUAACAGUGUAUUAAAUAUGAACUAAAUCCUUUGUUAUACUUUGUCUUUGGAGAACUGAAUUGGCUGCUGAGUUGGGCUAAAAUUUAAAAUAUGAAAUCUACCUUAAUACCGGCAUUAAUGAAUACCCUGGUCUUGCCAGUCUUUCUCACCAGCCAAUCAAUGACGACUCUGUAUUCAUUUUAGUAUGUGUGUGAUCAGUGAUAGCUUUUUUUUUUAAUUUUCAUUUUGAACUGUGAGGUAUUAUCACAGGAGUCAUGCAGAGGCGUCACAUGCCACUAAUUCUUCAAGUCUUGGAUGCAUUGACGUUUCAAGUGUGGAUAAAGCAGAUGUCUGCACAUGUAUAUCUCUGACUAUUAUCUAAGAUGCGGUUCCAGGAAGUCCAGGUCAUGCAGGCUUCUGCUCUGGUCUUACAAGAGAAGGUCUGCUGGCAACCUGGACUGUACUGUUGAUAUGAUUAAAAUACUAUUAUCUUUACUUUAAUCUAACAGGGUACAUAAACUUCAAAGAUUUCAAAUUUCCAGGUUAAGUUUAGUUUUAAUCUGUCACAUAUAUACAGGGAGAAAUUAAGGAUGUAGGAAAACAAACAUUCCCCAAGAGAGUAUUGCCAUGCCUUAAAUAUGAAGUCUUCGUAUGAACCCUGAUCCAGACAUUUGACGGUAUUUACUUCUUUGAAAAACAGAAGUAAAAAUAAACUCUUAUAUAUCUAUAUUAUAUCUUCUGC